UCAUACUGGGUGGGGGCAGAGUCUGUUGUCAUCCAAGCCAGAGGCGCACCCGCCCCCUGGGUUUUUCCUCCUUGGGCUGUGCUUCUCUUUCCUCUUCCUCUUCCCCCUCCUCUUUCUUUCUUUCUUCCUCCGCACUCGUCUGUCUCUCUCCCUCCCUCCCCUCUGGUCCUACCAGUUGGCUCUCCGCUCCUCUCCCACCCACUUUCUCCCUCCUCCUCGGCCUUGCGCAGCCCCGGCCCGGCAGCUGCAGUUCCCUCAAAAGCCUUCAGAGGGCGCGGCCGCUCCACUCGCUGGCCGUGCUGCUGCGGCGCGCGCUUCCUGUGAGGUCAGGUGGAAGGAAGCGGCUUGGGAGCCACCGGGAGUGGACGCAGCCGAGCCCUGGGAGCCGUGCUCGCAGGUGUUUUGCUGUCUGAGGAAAGGCGCAGCCCACCAGGGACCCAUAGCUCCUGGAAGGAUGGUUCGCAUCUUGGCCAAUGGGGAAAUUGUGCAGGACGACGACCCCCGUGUGAGGAACACAGCCCAACCACGCAGUAGCACCCCUCGACAGAGCUUUCUCAAUAGGGGCCACGGUGCCCCCCUGGGGGGUCCCAGCCCUCGCCAGCAGCAGGCAGGUGCCAGGCUAGGUGCUGCUCAGUCCCCCUUCAAUGAUCUCAACCGGCAGCUGGUGAACAUGGGCUUCCCCCAGUGGCAUCUGGGCAACCACGCCGUGGAGCCGGUGACCUCCAUCCUGCUCCUCUUCCUGCUCAUGAUGCUCGGCGUACGUGGACUCCUGCUGGUGGGCCUCGUCUACCUGGUGUCCCACCUGAGUCAGCGGUGACCUCCGGGGGCUGCCGGGGCAGGUGUGUGGGAGAGGGAGCUGCUGGGCCUUGGUGUGAGACAGCACAUGUGGGGAGGGGCUCCAGGGGUGCCUGGAAGGUGUGCUCAGAGUGUCCGUUUUUGCGUUGUGUUAAGCAUGCAGCCGAGGGAGCCUGUAGUCCGACAUUCCCAAAGGACCGGGUGCUCCUUCAUCCCCUGAGAUGUGUUUAGGUUGUACGGGGUGUUAAGCACAAAGUCAGAGAGAGAAAGGGAUUCCCUGUCCAAUUCUCUUCCAGUCCUUUUAUGCCAGGGAGAAAGGCUCCACUAGAUGCCAAAAUGUUCUCAUGCCUCUGGAACACGGGCUGACGUCCCCAUCCCUCGGGAGCAGGCCUGGGCUGAGGGCGGGUGGGAAAAGUUGCCAGACUUUUAUAGCUCCGUUUUGUUUUAAUGGUAUAUUUUUAUUGGCUACCUUUUAUUUAUGACAAGUGGUACUGGCAUUCUACUUAUCGUGGUGGCGUUUUCAAUAAAGACAUUUAAGUAAAAGUGA